AUGCUGUUGAUACUUGUUAUGUUAUUUUGUGAGGAAGGAGCGGCAAGAGGUUGUAGGAGGAGGGGGAUCAUUUUCUACUGUUGGAGGAUGCCAUCUGGGAGUAGUGGGUUUGUCUUCUUCAAAGAAUUUCUAGAUACAGGGACCCACUAAUCACGUGGAGGGGGUAUGCCUAAUGGUAAUCCUACAAGACAAACGAAUAGUCAUUUACAAAUCUCCUCUAAUCCUUUCCCAACCAAUUAUCAACAGAUUCCCACGUGGGACUCCUGGACCCAUCUCCCCAGCAGCCCCUAGCCCUUUUAGGUGCUAUAUUUUUCCAUUUUCACAUCACUCUUUAUGUGCUUCAUCAGAUCACAAUAUUGCACCAACUCUAUUCUCUAAAGAGAGAUUUCAUUCUCCUUAUUCAAGUUGCAUAAAAGUGAUAAUAUAAUUGUGUUUUUUAUUUUGAUCAUGGGGGACUCUUCUGCUUCAUACAUACACAUGGUGCAGCAUCUCAUAGAGAAGUGUUUGAUCUUUCACAUGACAAAAGAGGAGUGCAUGGAAGCCCUCUCUAAACAUGCAAACAUUGAGCCUAUCAUCACAUCUACUGUGUGGAACGAAUUGGAGAAAGAGAACAAGGAAUUCUUCGACGCAUAUGCUCAAUCCAAAAGCAAAGAUGAUAGAAUGUCCGAGGAGGAAACUAGUCAAAUGAUCCAGAAGAUGAUCUCUGAAUCCUCUAAAGAUUCCGAUAACUAAAACAUUACAAUGAUACUAUGUGAAAUGAUCUCUCUCUCUCUCUCUCUCUUGUGUUCUGGUCGGUAGUUUUGGCUUUCCCUUCCAAAUCUAAUCCUGCCAAAAACACAAGAGAAAUUAGAUUUGAUGUCUCAUUUGUGCUUGUGGUCCUAUUAGAUGCAUUUGUUAAGCUAUACUGCUGAAGGGUAAAUUAUUUAUGAAUAUAUGGAUUUCAUCCCUGAAAAUAGCUGGUAAAACCUGUAAUAUAUUCAUCUUCAUGGUCCCCCAUGGAAUGAAAAUCCCAUGUAACCAAUCACUUCAUGACACGUCAUUGUAUUGUUAAAAUUUCUUGCAUUUCGUGUAAACUUUCGUGUAAUGAAACCAUGAUUCAUCAAUGUGAAAUGGUGGAUUUUGAUUGGAUUUGAAAAUUACACUCUACAUAAUAAUUGAAUAGUUGUAUGAGGGUUCUUGAGGUUUAAGAUAGAGACACCUGGAAUCGGGAGGCUGCAUCAAAUAUAGUUGUCUUGUGAAGUUUUUGGCUUUGUCUCACUU